UUGUUAAAACUUUGAAAAUUGUUUCAGCUGAAAUAAAAAGACUAUAUUUAAUGGCAUUGAUGGUACAACCAGAUGAUAUUCUAAUAUAAUAUUUUGGUUUCAGAUGUUAUGGUCAAACUUUAUGGCGUAUAUUGCAUUUCUGCUAGUUUUCUUACAAAAGAAAACAUGUCAUUCCUGGUGCAUUUGAGACAGAAGAUAUAAAUCAAUAUAUGACUAUAAAUUUAGACAUGACAAGCUGCUCACUGCGUGGUGACUUUACUGUAGAGAUUCCAUUAAAAGUUUCGUUUACUGAUAGUGAGGGAUAUGCAAGUAACCAAUACUCGUCGUUUAAAACAAUUGUAAAGUCAUCAUAUAAUUUAAAUCAAGUAUUUGAAAAAGAUACUAACGCUUUGAAAGAAAGCUACAGCCGUGGCAUUUGCUGGGAUCAAUUAGAAUCAUGGAUAUAUGCAUGCGUGAACUUAUAUGUAACAACCCAGCAGACAGCAUGUUAUGUGUCAAGUAACUAUGGCAUGGAUUGGUCAAAACUAGAUAUUUGCGUUGGUUCUGUUCUUGGCCAUCAUAAACUUACGAGAGAUUUGUAUGUUAUACAUCGAAAUCAAAAAACAUAUAUGAUGUUUCACAAAGGAUAUGAGAGGUGGUUAGCAGUUCCGAACAAUGAGUUUGAAAAAAACAUAACAAAAAACUUGAAUUUUUCUGCAUGUGUAAAGUUAGAGGGAACCUAUGAGCGAAUUUUGUCAUAUCAAACUUAUCAAUGGAUGGGAAACAAUGAAGGAAUAUUUUUUCGAAAGUCUUCAAGCGAUCCUUGGACUCAACGAAUAAAAUGGAAAGAAUUACUAUAAAUAUUAAACGUAUAAUAUUUGCGCUCAGAAGUUUAAGAAUAUAAAUCUUGUAUUGCAUCUUUUCAUACUGUAGUUUAUCGUUACCAUGUACGUCGCCGCUUUUUAAAACUUUUGUUAUUUUACAAAAAAAUCAAAACUCGGUAAACUUAAUAAAAAUAGUUUCGUAAAUUAAUUGUUUAAAGUUUUACAUUUUGUCAGACGAAAAAUAACUUAUUUUUAACACAGACUUUAUACUCGCUUUAAUAUAUUGAGUUUUUUCUUCUUUACCAGUCAGCGGAGCUCUGUAAUACGGUAACGACUUCUAGGAGCAGAAGAAUUAAUUCUAUAAUUCUUUUAAA